AUGGCGCCUGAUGAACUCCAAGACUCUUGUGAGGUGUGGAAUAUCAAACAGAUGAUUAAAUUAACACAAGAACAUAUAGAGGCACUGCUAGACAAAUUUGGAGGAGAGCAUAACCCACCGUCUAUAUAUUUAGAGGCUUAUGAAGAGUACACCAGCAAACUAGAUGCUCUACAGCAGAGAGAACAGCAGUUAUUGGAAUCCAUGGGGAAUGGAAUGGAUUUCUCUGUCUCCAGUUCAGCUUCAACAGACACAGUUGCAUCAUCUUCCUCCUCUAGCCUCUCUGUAGCACCUUCAUCCCUUUCGGUUUAUCAAAACCCUGCUGAUAUGUCACGGAAUAACCCGAAGUCUCCACAGAAGCCUAUUGUUAGAGUCUUCCUGCCUAACAAGCAAAGGACUGUGGUUCCAGCAAGAUGUGGAGUGACAGUCCGAGACAGCCUAAAGAAAGCUCUGAUGAUGAGAGGUCUUAUUCCAGAGUGCUGUGCUGUUUACAGAAUACAAGAUGG